AUGGCCACACUAAAGGAGCGCUUACGGGACACCUUGGCGACAUUCGAUGGAGCCUGCAAGUUAUUGGAUGGACAGGGCCUGGGGAAGGAAUAUUUGCUUUCUCUGUAUUUGGUACAGGGGUCCAUGAAAAGCUACAAGCUGUGGGAGGUAGAUUUGCAGGAUGGUUACAAGCAGCAAAUGAAAAUUCUCAACAACGAGUUGUACGACAGUGCCAAAGACACAAUAAAGCUCCAGAAAGAAACGACUAACUACGUUGUUCUUUGUGACGAAAUCAAAUUACCUGAAUUCAAUUUCACGCGGAAAUCGUUGGAAGCUGUCGAUAAGAAUGACAUCGACGAAGAACUCCAUCAGAGAGUACACUUACUUCUCGAGGAGAACAAGAAUGCAGAUACAUUCAAGCUGGCCCAGAUAAUCGGCGGCGAAGAAAGAUCGUCCGCCUUGCAAGUGGCUCCUGAAGCUCUGUAUCGUGCGUUGUUUAUUCACGAAUUCCAGUAUAGAGCACGCCUACGACUAAAGAUGCAACUCCUCGAAAAGAUCAGGGACAUGGUUUCAGCCGAUCAAGCUUUGUGGAAUGAAAGAAAUAGAGAAGUUUCAUUAUUCUUAAACGAUCGAUUAGUCAAGAUGAUGGAUGCAGUGAAGCAGAUCACUCUUGAACUUGAGGACGGUAGUGAUGUUGAUGUUGAGAUGACAUAG